UUAGCAUACACAGUUACCUCCAACUCCAAUACAACAAUCAAACGCAAUUUAUUUCACGCUGAAUCACAUCUCUCACCAACGCUAACUCUAAACUGAACCUGCAAAUUCACCUUCACCCCCACAAAACGCAUAAAAAUUCCAAACAAAAACCACUCACAUUACUCACAUGGCCACAACCACAAAGAGAAAACUCCCACUAUUCCCCCUCAUCUCUCUCCUCUCUUUCACUUCAAUCUUCUUCCUUCUCUCCCAAUUCAGAAACACUUCAUCCUCCUCCUCAUCUUCAAUCAAAGCCUUCUCCUCAAUUCACAAUUUCCAAAUCGACAACAACCGCUACCGCCGCGGUUCGUGCGAUUACUCCUCCGACGGAAUAUGGAUCUACGACGAGUCGAGGGUUUCGAGAUACGAUAGCACGUGUAAGGAGAUUUUCAAGGGUUGGAAUUGUGUUAAAGGGAAUAAAUCUAAUGGUGUGAAUGUUGCGAAGUGGCGGUGGAAAAGUAAUGGAUGUGGUGAGCUUGAUCAGUUUGAUCCUCUUCGGUUUCUUCAGACUCAUACACACACCAGCAUUGGUUUUGUUGGGGAUUCACUCAAUAGGAACAUGUUUGUGUCACUUUUCUGCACUCUUAGGAGUAGUAUCUCCGAUGGACAGGUUAAGAAGUGGAGACCUGCUGGUGCUGACCGUGGAUUCACGUUUCUGACUUAUAAUCUCACUAUUGCUUAUCACCGAACUAAUCUUCUUGCACGUUAUGGUAGAUGGUCGGCUAGUGAGAAUGGUGGUGCCUUAGAAACACUUGGAUUCAAAGAGGGCUAUAGAGUAGAUGUUGAUGUUCCAGAUAGUACAUGGGCACAAGCUGCAAAUUUCCACGACAUUCUAAUUUUUAACACUGGGCAUUGGUGGUGGGCCCCUUCAAAAUUCGACCCUGUGAAUUCACCUAUGCUUUUCUUUAAGAAUGGUCAGCCAGUAAUCCCCCCAUUGCGUCCAGAACAAGGCCUGGAUAUGGUUUUAGAACACAUGAAAUCGUAUGUGGAGGAAAAAGCACGACCAGGUGCAGUCAAAUUUUUUCGUACUCAAUCACCCAGGCAUUUUGAAGGAGGAGAUUGGGAUCAAGGUGGUACCUGUCAAAGGGAUCAGCCUUUAUCGGCAGAACAGGUAGAAGAACUUUUCUCUGUGAAGAAUAACAGCACAAAUGUGGAGGUUAGAUUGGUCAAUGAACACCUCGAUAAGGCUCUUAAGGGAUCGAGUUUUGUCAUUUUGAACAUCACUUACUUGAGUGAGUUAAGGGCUGAUGCUCACCCUGCUUCUGCUGGUGGAAAAAAACAUGAUGAUUGCAUGCACUGGUGUUUACCAGGAAUUACAGAUACAUGGAAUGACUUGUUUGUAGAGCAUCUAUAUAGUAUCCAACAUAGGAGUUGAUAAAGUGGUUUACUUGUGCUAAAUAGGGAGAGAGAAAAUGCAUUGUUUAAUUGGUUGCAUGCAAAAUUUAAGUGUCUGCAGAGGGUUUUCUUGAGAUCUUACCUUUGAGGUGUAACAAAAAUUUAUAUAGAUAGUGGUCUUU